AUGGCUGAAAAGCGCAAGCUACCCGCUCGCGCCGGACGCGAGCCUGCCAACAAAAAGCGUGUCUCCGAAGCGGCCGCAGCCCAGUCUCAUAAGAAGAAAGCCGCAACACCUCGAGCUCCAUCUCUGCCUGUUGAGCCUGUCGAGCCACCCCUACCGUCAAAGAUCAAAGAGGGCGAGCCCCUACCGAUACGGCGCGUACGACAACUAACGAACUUGUCGGACAAAGAGUACCAGUCAAUCGCGGAAAGCGCAGUACUCCUUAUAGCGCUUGAACGAUCCAAGAAGAAAUGGCUCAGCGAUGGCAUUUUGGUCCGCUACUACACGAAGCCGAAGAAGACCAAACGCGAACAAAUUGAGAAACUCAACCCCCCGAAAGAGACCAUGUCGAAGGUCGGACUGUGUGAUGUGACAAUUGGCCCACAUCUCUUCGACGCAAUGAUAUACACAGUUAAGGAUCCAGCGGCACCGCAACCGAUUCAGUACACCCCUCCGCAAGGACAAGGACGCAUGGUCCACUAUGGCCCCCCCGGCAACUUCCAACAGUAUCAACCACAUCCCUCCAACCAACAGCGAAGGCCUUAUCCUCCUGGCCCCCCCGGUCGGCCACAGGGAAAUUACUCACCUGCGCCACGCGGGCCACAUCAGCCAGGCCAUGCCCCAUCCCCGCAGGCUGGACAGCGUCCACCGGCACAAAAUCAACCAGGGCAGCCUGCUAAGCCUAGCCCUGACCCUGUGAUCCAGAUGCUUGCCACCCGAGCUGCUGCCGAUCCCGAACUCAAAGCGCUCAUGCGAGUUGUUGCGUCUAGCCAGGCAUCCCAAGAGCAGUUACGUGCCUUCCAGGCCCAUAUCGACGAACUGAACGCAAUAAUCAAAGCAAGAGAGCCGCAGGAAAAGCGCCAGAACGGUUCAGCUGGAUCAACGCCACAACCGGCAACUCCAGCACCCCAAAAUAAAGCGGGCUCGCCAAAUGUUUCUCAGCCCACACCAGAUCUGGGCGCAAAGAUCUCCCCAGAACAAAGCUCCAAGACACAGUCAGCGGCUCCAGCCCAAACCCCUUCGAAGGACACUUUGCAAAAAGCACCAACAGCAGCGCCGACCAAGUCUCAAGCGGAUGGAACAUUACAAUCUGCAAGUCAACCUCCGACCUCCGACCCAGCUAUCAAGCAAGAGCCAGCUGGGAAGGGAUCUACUCAACUUCAGUCUACGCCACAGUCAGCGAUUACUCCGGCCGCAGUACCUGGCCCGUCCACUCCAGCUCCCAUGGGGCCCCAGCAGAAUCCUGCAGUCCGCCCCGCACCUCCGACUACUGCUCAGACUACACCUCGUCCAGGCCCAACCUAUCCUCCUUAUCAACAGCCGGCUUACGGUUCUCAAUUGCCACUGCAGUCACGUCCACCGCAAUACGGCUCACCAGUGCCCUAUUACCGCCCACCUGGACCCCCGGCGACUCCCGUGCGUCCAUCAUACAAAGCUGUCGUUUUUGAAUUCACUUCCCCUUUGACUCCUUAUGGAAGCAGUGCUUCUGGCCAUGCUGGAUCUGGUGAUCGUUAUCUGUUCCCAGAGUAUUCGAUUCUAGAAUGGCUUCCCAGUGAAGAUACCAUCCUCGCAUCGUUUCUAAUCACUCGAAUGGUGGAUCCCAACACCCCUUUCCCCAUUGAGCCUGCCCCAGAUCCUACUACCAGUCGUGCGAAAGGCAAAGGAACAUCAAAAUCCAAGAAGGGAGACAAGAAGGGCAAGGCCGACAAAGGAAAGGAAGGCCCUGAAACACCGGUCCCUAACCAAGCCGGUCCUUCUGCGGAUGGUGUGCCAAAGAUUGAGCCUUCUGAAACUCCCGAGACUCCCGCUGCGCCGAGUGAACCUAUCAAAGAAGUGAAACUUAAGGAGUACUGGCAACCGGUCACCUUCCGCAUCCAUGCCACCGACAACCGGAUCCUUGACCCUUUGACUCGCGUCGUCAAGCCGGCAGAUGAAGUACGCAAGUACAUGAACGAAGUUAUGGAUCGGGCCGAGCGUGCUCCGGACGGACACCUGGCUUUUCGCCUCCCGUACGAGGAUGCGCGUGAGGCUUUUGAAGUAGAGAGCACACCAGCCUCGAUCAAUGCUGCCUCGACUGCACGCAGUCGCCCAUCUCGAGGUAGUACUGUCAAGGUGGAGGAGGAAUCAGAGAUUGAUAACGACUAUGACUUGGAGGAAGAGGAAGAGGAACUCCUAGCCUUUUACGGUGCACCGCUUGGUCUGCCACCAUUACGAGCUUGA